CAGAAAGUGGGAUUUGAUUGAAAAUUAGGGGGGCCAAUGGAGUUUUAACGAAAAAUUUCCGGCCUUAACUGGAGGCCUAUGAUGAGCUGUUGACUGCAAUUUGAUUCUCCACUUGUUUGGCUGUUUACACCUCUAAUAAAAGCAAAUUAUUGCACUCUGCACAAAAGCAUAAUACCCAAAAAAGGUGGACAAGAUAAAAAAAAAAGGAAUUUGUCAAAAAACAUUCAUACCCAGAAUACUUGCAGCGGUAAUAGGAUCAAAGGAAACAAAAAAUUUGGAGAAAAAAAAAAUAAAAAUUAAAAGAUCCUAGAUUUGUUUCUCCCCUGUCCUUGUUGUCUGUUUCUUAUAUCUCUCUUCCUUCUUUGCUUAAUCCUCAGCAAAGAAAGGAAGAGAGAAGAAAGAUUCCAUUUUUUUCUUUUUCUUUUUAUUUUUUAUCUCUUUUUGUGGGUGUAUGUGUUGUUUCCUCACAAAUACAAAAUUUGUCCAUAUUUUGUUGUUUGCUGUAUUCAAGAUCGUAAUUUUUUUGUUCUUCGUAUUUGAAAGAAACCGAAAAAGGGGGUGAAAAUGCUGGUCGCCAACAGUUUCGACUUAUGGCAAAAGGACACCUUUUUUUCUGCAGCUGAGGAGGUUCAGCAAUCUGCCGAUAUAAUGGAAUCAGCUUAUAGGACGUGGGUGAGAGCAAGGAAAGAAGGAUUAGUGCCACCACAACAUUUGGAUGAACUUGGGAGAGAGCUUCAAAUGGCUUUAGGCACUGCAAAAUGGCAGUUAGAAGAAUUUGAAAGGGCUGUCCGUAUGAGCUACAGAAGCCAUGGGGAUGACAUCACCGUCAACCGACACACCCAAUUUGUUUCGGCCAUUGAAGAUCAAAUCUCAAACGUCGAGUCAGCUUUCAAAGAAUCGUUUAACGAAAAUGGUAAAAAGCCCUUUCAUUGGGUAAAUCUCGACGAACAAGAAUGUGAUGACCUGGCACUUUUCCUCUCCGGAACUUCUGGGACACCACAAAUGGUCUCCAGUGAGAAAACCAAUACGAGUUCUAAAGUCCAAGUGCCGAAUCAGGAAAUGCGGCUUUCAGAAAUUGUUCCAAUUAACGAGGAUGCCAGCCAAGAAGAGAGCAGAGUAGAUGAAGUUAGCUUUCAUGGUGAUCGAAAGGCAAGUAGUCGAAGGACAUGGAAUUCGCCAAAGAAGGGUACUUUGGAGAUUGUUAUUGAUGGAGAUGAUAGAGAGGGAAAUGCAUUGAUUGAAGGAACAUCAAAAGAGAAGGUUCAUAACCAUUCGAGAAUGACCAGCUGGAUAAAUCAGCGCUUUGGAGGAGGCCAUAGAAGUCAGAGACAGCAACUCGUGUUAACUGUGUUGCCCAUCAAUUCCAUUCGUUUCGUACUCGGAUUGAUGCUAACAAUUUUUUUAGUCGGUAAGUUGAAGGGUCAUCAUACACUUGCAGAUUUGAGUUUCCAUAAUAAAUUGUGAAUGGAUCGCCAAAAUUCUACGACAAAAACCUGCCUGAAGAAUAUAGAUAUCAUAGAGCAUAGAACACAUUUUCUGAUGUAUCUCAUUCCUCCAAAAGUAAUUCAAAGACACAAAAAUAAAUUUCCUCUGAGAUUAUCUAUGUAAAAAAAAAACGCGUGUGUAAAGUUCGUUGUUGUUAAGUUGUUUUACAUUCUAUGGCAAAUCCUUCUCUUCACUCAUAAAUUAUGAGCCAAAGGGAAGGAAAUUUUUCUUCUAGUCGCAAAACAAGUCCGGCAAAUGGGGUGCAAAAUCAACCGAUCUGCAAAAUCGACUUUUGAAGGCUCGGCUCUACAUUUCAAAUAUAAACAGAUGCUCGAGAUCGACUCGAAUUUCAUUAGUUCGAAAUCCGUUCGCGUUCGGCUCGAAUUUUUCAUAAAAAGUUUAUUCAAAUAUGAUUUUGUCUCGAGUUUGACUUGAACUUUGCUCGAACUUGGGGCAUUUUGAUGAAUAAUAAAUGAGAAAUGAUAUAGGUACAUAAUAUUGUAUAUAG